CACUGGCCCUCACGGCGUGCAGAGCUGCUGCAGCCGGGCUCAGCAACAGUCGGUGCUUCCUCUCUGUCUCUCAGCCCCUCACCUCUCACUGCUAUGGUCGUCCACACACGCGGUUACAACUCCAGCACCACAGACAGCUCCCUCUCCAACUCCAGCCUCAGCACCGACGCCUCCCUGUGGGACUCCGCUGCGCCCCAGAGCCCCGGUGGGCUGAGCCGCACCGGCCACACGGUGGUGGCAGUAUGCCUAGGCUUCAUCUUAGUGGCGGGAAUCCUCAACAACUUCCUCACUCUGAUCGUGUUCUCAAAGUUCCGCUGCCUCUGGACGCCCAUCAAUCUCAUCCUGGUCAACAUCAGCCUGAGCGACAUCCUGGUGUGCGUAUUCGGGACUCCGUUCAGCUUCGCGGCGAGUCUGCACGGCAGGUGGUUAAUUGGAGAGUACGGCUGCAAGUGGUACGGGUUCGCCAAUUCCCUCUUUGGGAUUGUGUCCCUGGUGUCUUUGGCCAUGCUGUCCUAUGAGCGCUACACCACUGUGCUGCAGUCCUCCCAGAUCGACAUCUCAGACUUCAGGAAGGCCUGGCUGUGCAUCGGAGGCUCCUGGCUCUACUCUCUGCUCUGGACACUGCCGCCCCUCCUGGGUUGGAGCAGCUACGGGCCUGAGGGUCCUGGUACCACUUGUUCCGUCCAGUGGCACCUCCGCUCAACCGCAAACAUCUCCUACGUGUUGUGUCUCUUUAUCUUCUGCCUGCUGCUUCCCCUCCUGCUCAUGAUCUACUCUUAUGGUCGAAUCCUGGUUGCCAUCAGGAGGGUGGGUAAGAUCAAUCUGCUGGCAGCUCAGCGCAGAGAGCAUCACAUUUUGGCGAUGGUGUUGUCCAUGGUGUCCUGCUACGUGCUGUGCUGGAUGCCCUAUGGCAUCAUGGCACUAAUGGCCACCUUUGGAAGGUCGGGAUUGGUCACUCCCAUGGCUAGUGUGGUGCCAUCCAUCCUGGCCAAGUUCAGCACUGUUGUCAACCCCGUUAUCUACGUGUUCUUCAACAACCAGUUUUAUAGAUGCUUUGUGGCCUUCAUGAAGUGCAGCGCGGAAUCCCACACUGUUCAAGGAGAGGAGCAGCCAGCUCCGAAGACAAAGCUGUCAGGUUUCUUUAAUGUUCACAGACAAGCGUCGCUCAGCUCCUCACAACCUCCGAUCCUCAGCAGCAACAGAAACGCCGCCCUCUACAGCCGCCACACCCUUAUUGUCCACUACACCCCAUGAAAAGUUCACAUAUUUUUCAUCUGUAAAAAAAUGUAAACGAUUAUUCUUUUUUUUAUUCUCCAGAAUCCAAAGUGCAACUGAAACACACAGAUGUGCCUUCUAUCUUGCAGCACCCUGCUAUUAAUUUCACAUAUAAAAAUUAAAGUGAACUCUUUACAGUGUGAAUGUAAACUCAGAGCCAUGUAGAUCAACCUCUGCUUUUAUCCUCGUUUCAUUUAGUGCUGACCUUCCGUAUGUGAAAGUGUCGGUAGAUGUAUUCUAAAUGAAUUCUCUGAAAGAAAAACAGGAAUGUAUUUGCUAGAGGUUUGACCAAGUUUAAGUAGUUUGUUUUGCAUGUACAUGCAGAUGUAUAUCAAAGUUAAAUAAAGAAUCAAAUAAAUGA